CCCACAGACACCUGCCCACAUGCAGUUGAGAGAGAGCUACUGCAAACAAGGGUGUGUUGGAUCUGAGAUCGAUCGCUCAUUAGCUCUACAUACCGUCUGACUGAAGGCUACCAAAAUGCCCAAGAGCAAGAGGCGAGGACAAGCAAAGCUAGAAGAGCUGUCACAGGAGCACUUCACCUACAGAAAGUCUGGCUACCUUGGGUUUCCAAACUCCCCAACGGCCUUCAGUUACGAGCCCGAUUCUCAACUACUGGCCAUUGGAACCAAAUAUGGAGAACUUAGAAUCUAUGGUCGUCCAGGAGUAGAAUUCAAAUCGAAACUGCUUGAUAGAGUGGCUAUCACAGAGAUAUUCACAUUCAGUAGUUUGCACCUGUUCAUUACGGUCUCCGAGGACAACAGUGUGGUGCUGUGGGAGAUAGACGCUGACGGGCAGGGGGAGCUCCAGGUAUCCAAGGAGUUUAAACUGGACUCAGACGGGGGCAAGAAGAUCACUAAGUGCUGCCUCUCCCAACACAGCGGCCAUUUCUUCAUUGGCACAGAGGGUGGCAAUGUGUUCAUCCUCGAUGUCAAACACUUCCAACUCACUUCUGAUAUCAUCUACUGGAACCAAGCCACUGCACUGGUCCAGCCCACAUCAAAGAACAACCCGGGGAUGGUCAAGUGCCUGGAGCUGUCUCCGCUUGACCAGAACUUAAUUCUGAUUGGCUACGAGAAAGCUGUGAUUGUGCUGUGGGAUCUCGACCGCUGUAUGCCCAGUAAGAACUACCCUACCAGUAUACAGGAUGCUCAGCUGGUAAGGGAGCCAUUGGAGAGUCUCUGUUGGCAGAACGAUGGAGUCAAGUUCAUCACCUCCCACUCUGACUCGAGUCUAUACUACUGGAGCAUAACCAACAGCACAGCUCACGAGGGACCCACCAAGUACUAUGACCCCGGUGAUGGUAACUGCAACCCUGUGACCAAGGUCAGGUGGCUCAACACGGAUGCCAACCCACUCAUUAUCUGUGCAGGGGGCCUCCCCACAGAGCAGGACGAUGAACAUCACACCGUUACCGUGGUGCACGGGGCGGAUCAUGUGGCACUCGACUUCUCGUCACCUGUUGUUGACUUUAUUCCCAUCGUGGAUCCAACCACUCAGCGAGGCAGGUCUCUCCUGGUGCUGUGUGAACAGGAGCUUCUGGCCUUUGACCUGGAGGCACCAAAGUGUCCUCAGAUUCGUAAGCCGUAUCUCUUCAGUCUCCAUGCCUCCCCGGUCACAUGUAUUCGUCUCUAUGACAACUGCUCUAAGGAGAUAUUCGAGGCUCUCCACGAGGUCUCUAUUACUAGCCCCCCUCCACACGAGCACUUCAGCACGAUGGAGUGGCCGGCCAUGGGAGGGUGUGUGCGAGACUCUGAGCCAGAGACAUUUGAUAUCGCCAUCACCGGCCACGAGAAUGGGUCUGUCAAGUUUUGGGACGUCACGUGCGGCUCAAUGAGGAUGGUCCACGAACUAAAGACGGCCAUUUUGUUCGUCGGGCAAGAACCGGAUACGGACGCCAUGAACGAAGAGUUCUCUGACUAUAAUUGGCCACCAUAUCGGAAGGUGUCCAGUUACGAUCCAUUUGAAGAUGACCAGCGGUUGGCCGUCAGGUUUGUCGAGUUUUCCGCCCACUCCAAGACCCUCUGUGUCGGUGGUAACGGUGGUCAGGUGAUCACCUUCUCACUCAACUCCCUGCCCUCCGAGAUACACCUGGAGUGUGUGAAGGCUGAGAUCUUCCUCGGUCCUGACUCCCCUCAAAGCAGACGCAGUGGAGGACUGAGGUCAACCAACGCUCUAGAGUGCAAAACAGACCCCAUACAAGUGCCAGCUGGUUUCCAGGCCAACUUCUGCCUCCAGUGUGUGCCUGCCUCGCAGAUUACAUCCAUUGCAUUCCGGCCCUCUUGGGGACUGGUGGCAGCUGGUGUGGGGAAGGGUUUUGCUGUGGCCAACUUCCUGGUCAAGAGGUUGGUGCUGGUCCACGCCACCGUGCAGCCAGACGGUCAAGGUGCAAGGUCAUUCAACAGAAUGCAGUCAUUCCGUCGCUCUGUUCGUCAGUCGUUUCGUCGCCGUACCGGUACCUCGGUUACCCUUGACGACCGCAAGAAAAUCGCGACCUCUCUAAAUUUGGAGGAUGGGAACAAGGUCAAAGGUCACAGGAAACGUGCCGCUACCGAACCAGCCUCUGAUCUCAGUCCAGCACAUGCAGGGGGACUACAGGUUCAACCUGACCAGGCUGGCUUCGUGACUCAUAUUUGUUUUGCGGAGACCCAUGUGACAGGGGGUGGUCCCCAGGCGAGUUUGUGGGUGUCGACAAAGGGAUCCUCGGUGAUCCGCUACUCCCUCACCAUUCCUGAGCCAGCAGAGAGACUCUCUCAGAUCAACAGGGCACUUGUCGCAGGCAAGGACUACUCCUUGCUGCAUGCUGCCCCUAUAGUGGGCGUGUUCCUGCUGGAUCAUGAGGGGAUUCCCCUCCCAGACCCAUACGAGGUGGAAGCGCGGUCGAUUCCCAUGCCGGACAUGCGCCACCCUCACUUUGCCGUCAUUGUCUCCCAGGAACAGAUCAAGAUUGUGGGUCUCCCCGGAAUGAGACAAAAGAAGAAAGAAAAGGUAACGGACCGUAUGAACGAGCGAAUCAGUCGAGCGUGGUUGUUGAGGGUGAAAGUGGCAGCUGCUCCGGUUGGUGUACAUCGAGACUGGAACCCCGCCCUAGCCGUCCUCACGUCUGCAGGGGACCUCUUUAUCUACUCUCUCCCAGACCUCACUCUGUGCUUCAGAGAGGAAGACUUCAUUCCCGCCUCUGACCAAAAGGCCCUCCAUUCUGCCACCAUGUCGUUAAGCGGUGAAGCACUCCACUUAAAGUCAUUCUCUGAGCUCGAGAGGUCUCUGCUCUGCUCCUAUGGAUUCUCAUUCCACACGGCCAUGCUGCCCAGUCUAUUCCAGUUCGAGGGCUCCACCAUACCAGUGCACUCUACCCGAAGGUCCAGCACUCGAGGCAGGGGACAGGUUGUCGUGGCAGAGGUGGCUCCCUCUGAUGAGCCAGCUGGAGAUGAGGAGGGGAGGUCGACCACACCCAAACAGGAAGGACCUGAAGAUGCACCAGUAGAGAAGCUGGCAGAAUCUCCAGUGAGUGCCCCGCCCCCAGUGAGUGCCGCGCCCACUGCUCAACCAUCCAAUGGGGUGGUAGUCGAUCUCGUUGAUAGUGGGGUCAAGUCAGAAAGGUCAAAGUCCAAAUCCAAGACCCCUGAGAGGGAGUCCACUAGAUCAGCGUCGAUUGGAGUGAACAGCAAGAGCUCUCGACAUAAGUCAGGUGGCUCCAGCUCUAACUCAGAUGACUCGAGCAGUGAUAGUGACAGUGACGAGAGCUCUGACGAUGACGACCUGCCCACCCCCAGGAAGGGGGAGGAGACUACAUUCGGGAACCAGCUAGCCCUACAUGUAGAGGACAUUGGAGGUGGCAAAGAGCUGGACAACAUCAUUGCUUCGUCACUACAGCAACUAGAGAGUGCUCGAGCUUUUUAUGAACAAAUGCAGGCUAGGGUUAAGAACACUGACUAAUACUAUUCGAUUUUGUUACUGAUACAUUGUAGCAUUAGCUGAACAUGUAUACUGUUACUUUUUUAUCCAUUUCUCCCCUAAAAGCCACUCAAAACAAUUAAAUUAAGUAGAUAAUUAUUUUAAUUACGCAUGCAUGCAUGUACAGUACUAUUUGUUUGUAUUGUCGUGCUUAUUAUAUUGUAUAAUAUUGUGUUGCAUUGUUUGUGAAGAUAUAAAUUAUAUUCUUCUUUAUUAAUGAUCAA